AGAGAAAGGGCCUUGUUUAGCGGAACCCGUUGUUUAUCAGCUACGAGCCAUGUCCAAGAGCAUCAAAGCCCUCAGCUUGAAGGGCAAGCAGAACUGGGAUACCUCCAUCUUUUGCUUUUCGCGCAAUGCACGUAACAACUUGUUGUGGGAGAAGGACGGAGCGGCCAAAUCGACCCUCAAGCACUACUUCCAAAGCCAUCUCACCUCUACCCCGUCUUUCCACCAUUCGCCUUCGCGUGUCACCAUUCAAAUGUUCUACUAUGCUGAUCCCAACUAUUCCACACUGUCCACAUUCAAGCUGGAACCCUUGGAAAAACUGCUCAGCACCUUGUACCCCAACAAAUACGUUGAUUUGCGAUUCGUCCGAGUUCACUAUCCUUACAUGAAUGCCGAAAUUCUCGCUCAAUACCUUACCAUCAAUGCGGAACGUGUGGGUUGGUCUAUCGUCACUCGUCGUUUCAUGAAACAGGUGCCUGUAGUGAAGCCACCGUUGCCUACCAACAUGCCAUUUGCUGUGCAAUGGCAAAAUCUGUUGCCUCAUUUGAAUAAUGGCCAAUUGACCUCGGCCAUUCAGGGUGUUAAAUAUCAAGUGUCCGGUCGUCUCGGUAAGAGAAAGGGUGCAGCCAGAACUCAGGUCAUCCGUCGAUCUCUGGGAGCUUUCCGUUUCACAAGUCAUAAAUCGUUGGUGGAUGUGGGUCGUCAUACCUUUGCUAAUAAGAACGGUUCCAUCACUGUCAAAGUAUGGAUCUCGUCUGCAUUGUUCGGUGUCGGUGCCUUGGCCAACAAAUUAGGUAGAAAGGCGGCGAAUGCUGCCAAGUUGUAAAAUUGUUUCCCCGUUGUACCUUUUUUCUUUUAUC